AUGAUGAAGCAGCCGUUGUGGGCGCGCCAUUUCGGACCCUGCGCUCUACUCUCCAAUGGCUUCCACUGCCCUGCCUUCUAGAACCUUCCACCGCCGCGCGCUCCCCUCGUCUGCCCCGUCUCAUCAUUCGAGGGAGACCUUCGCCCCCGGCUGCCUCCCCGGCGCCGUCUCCCGGCGGCGAGCGGCCGUGCAGCUCCUCUCCGCCGGAUUCUUGACGUCCGUCGCGCCGCCACCGCCGUCGCUCGCCGCGAGGAGGGGACGCAUUGUAGUACCGCCGGAGGACUACGCCACUGCACCUGAUGGUCUGAAGUACUAUGAUCUUGUUGAAGGGAAGGGGCCAAUUGCUGAAAAGGGCUCAACUGUGCAGGUUCAUUUCGACUGCAUAUACCGUGGCAUCACUGCAGUGUCAAGCCGUGAAUCGAAGCUCCUAGCAGGGAAUCGGAGUAUUGCCCAGCCUUAUGAGUUCACUGUUGGGUCGCUGCCUGGGAAAGAACGAAAGCGGGACUUUGCAGACAAUGCCAAUGGGCUAUACUCAGCGCAAGCUGCUCCAAAGCCUCCAGCCGCCAUGUACACGAUAACUGAGGGGAUGAAAGUAGGGGGAAAGAGGAGAGUAAUUGUCCCUCCAGAACUGGGAUAUGGGAAAAGGGGAAUGAGUGAGAUACCGCCUGAUGCCCCUUUUGAACUGGAUAUAGAGCUACUGGAACUCAUUUCUCCUGCAGAAAAAUGACCUUUUCUAUUUGCAGCAGAGAGGGAGCAUUGAGGUACUUAUGGAGUGUGCCCAAUUUCAGAGGAAUGGAUUACAUAAUUUACUGACAUUUGAGGUCCAUGCUGAUUAGAUAUGCAAUUGUAAUAAACCUAUGACUAAAUGCAUGCUGAGAGCCUGAGAUGGUAGUUGCUGGGACAAGAUUCUUUUGGUUCAAGACACAGAAAUUUCUUUUUGGACAUUAAGCAGAACUAAAGUGUGUAAAAUAUUUCCCUCAAAGAAGUAAAAUACAUGUAAUAUUUCUUGAUUAUGUUGAAGCAAAACUGGGCAAUGAAUA